CAUUAACCUACUCUCAGUUUCCGUAAUUUCAGGAAAAUCUGACAAACCAGCGGGAUUAAAUCCACAAUAUCGUGAUUUUGCUGUAUUUUCCUAGUAGUCGACAUAAUACAUUAAACAAUGUUUAAGCCAACAAUUACUCAGUCUGUACCAGCUUUGGCUCGUGGAUACGGCACAAAUGUCACACGCACACUCUUUCCUCGUCACUACCGUCUUCGUCACAAAGUCAAUAGUGAGGCCGAUGCAACGCCUCUCAAGGACGGUUCAUUGUUUAUUCGUCGCCCUACAGCCGGACCUACAACUUCGAUUCUCUCUUCUACAAAUCCUUCUCCUGCUUCGGUCUCCUCAAGGACACCAGGCUCCGCCACAUCAACACCUUUGACACAUCCAGACUUGCCACCUGCUUUGAAUGCUGAUAAGGCUGCAGCUCGUCCUGAAUUCGCCACAUUAACAGAGGAGCAGAUUGCAGAGAUGCGUGCACUUCGAUUGGAGGACCCCACCAAAUAUACACGAUCAUACUUGGCAAAAAAAUACAAUGUCAGUGAUCUGUUUGUCAAAUGCUAUGUUCCUGCAUCAAAAGAAGUUCAGGUUGCAAGGAUCAAGGCUCAACAGCGCGCGUUUAGGAACAAAGGGUGGAAGGCACAGGAAAUCAUUAUCCAGAGACAGAAGCGCCGUGAGUUGUGGUAGAAUAGGUUCAGAAAAAAAAAAAAGGAUAGGGUAUUGGAAUUUUAUAGAGAUCAAUCGGGGAUGCAUAUGGACCAGUG